UCGUUCACGUCGUUCCGUAACGUGGAUCCUAGAGGACGUCCUCUGCUGGCGUCAUUUGCGCGCCGCCUAGCUUCCCAUGCACUCUCCUUCUCCCGAAAGCCUGCGGAUAGAUGUUUCGAUUUCAGUCCCUGGAUGAAGACUGUAUGCUGGAGGAGGAAGAUGAUGGAUUGAUAGAAGACGAAGAUGAAAUCGAUCAAUUCAACGAUGACACUUUUGGAGCCGGGGCCAUCGAUGACGACUGGCAGGAGGAACACAAGCGCCUCGCCGAGCUCGAUGAACGGGACGAGUUAGGGGCGGGGCUGGGGUUCGGAGGAGGGGGGAUGGGAGGGGACUCAGACUUGAGCACAAGCGAGCGCCCGUCCUCCACCCGAAUCCCUUCUUCUGUAGUCCAUCCCCCUCCACCAUCAUCCCUCGCUUCCCUCAGCUUUUCCUCUUCCUCGUCUAGACUGCCGCCAUCAGAUGUGGAGGAUCGAGUGGGGGAGGGGGAUUUGGCCGAGUCUCUGGCCAGGCUGAUCCUGGACGCCGACCCGGCCAUCGCUGGAGUCGGGGCAGCUGAGAGACCCGGUCUGCCCCCCGGCUCCUCAGGAUCCGGCCUCUCCGGCCUGCGGGGGCUGGACCAGCCCAGAGUCCUGCCGCAGCCCUCCCCCAUCCUGCCUCCCACCCAGCCACACCAGCAUCCCCAGCACCAGCUGCCUCCCGGGCUCCCUGCGUCAGGCCUUCCUCCCUCGUCCAUGCUCAGCUACCAACAGCAGCAGCACUUGCUGCGCAGAGGCACCGCCCCCAUGGGCCAGAUGAGCUCUCACAGUAUUUGGGAGAACAGCAUGGGCUUUGGCCCCGUGAGCGUCGCCCCGGGAUUGCUCACACACAUGGAGGAUAAUCCACUCAUGUCGAUAAUCAAAGAGGUGGGCCAUCCUAAACGAGCUCCUCAGGGCAGGAACGAUGAGGAUCUGUCAGAGAGGGCUCCUCCUCCACGCUCUUCUUCCCCUGUGAUUGGCUCCCCUCCGGUGAGGGCGGUGCCAAUCGGGACUCCACCCAAACAGCCGAUGAGCCACGCGCUGAAUCACCAGAUCCACCAUCCCACAGCGGUCCACGUGAGAGCUCCGGUCCAGCACAGAUACCCCGCUCCUUUCCCCGAGCGUCUGUCUCCCAACACCCUCCUCAACAUUGCUAACUCUCCUCUGUGCCGCGGCCCGUUCCCCCCCAGAGUCGGUCCUGUUCUGUCGCAGAUUCAACGCGCCCAGCUGCUCAACUCUCAGGUGGCAGGAUUUCCCCGCGGCGGUCCUCCUCCUCUGCUGCCAGGCGGGGGAGGUUUCAGGCCCUUCUUCGGAGGCCCUCCUCCUCCGCACGGUCACCGAAUGGGCCCCCCACCACCUCACGGGCCCCCUAACCACGCGCCGCCGCUCCGGCACAACACCACUCACCUUCACCCACAGCACCGCCGCAUGCUCACCCAGCGCAUGCAGAGCCGAGGAGGGGACCGCAGGCCCGGGAUGGACCGGCGCAGCAGAGACCCCUACAGCAACCUGAUGACUCAGAAAGAGAAGGAGUGGGUGACGAAGAUCCAGAUGAUGCAGCUGCAGAGCACAGACCCUUACCUGGAUGACUACUACUAUCAGAACUACUAUGAGAAAAUGGAGAAGCGUCAGGAGAAAGAACGAGACAGCAGCAAGAAGGAGCACACCACCAAGCUCAUCACUCCUCAGGUGGCCAAGGUGGAGCACACCUACAGACCAGUUCAGUUCGCAGGCUCUCUGGGUAAACUGACCGUCUCCAGCGUCAACAACCCCCGCAAGAUGAUCGACGCCGUGGUGACGACUCGCUCAGACGACGAGGAGAAACGAGAGAAGCAGGUUUGGAAUAAGAGGCGACAAAUCCUCUACACAGUGGAGAAGAUGUACAGUUUGCUGUUGGAGGUUCAGGACUUUGAGAAGUGCUUCGUCCAGGCGCCGGAGGAGGACCGCGAGGCUCUGCUGGAGCAGCACAAGAGCAACACGGAGCAGCUCUGCAGCUCGCUGCGGGAGAAAGAGUGGGACGACAGAGUGAGUGACGAGCAGUGUGUGAUGAUCAUGUCGGUGAGGAAGGGCAAGCGGCUCAUCUCCCGGCUCCUCCCCUUCCUGCCCUCAAUGCAGGCUGCUGCUGUUGUCAUGGCAAUUGCCCGCAACCUUCCCGCUUUAGCCAAGAAGGACAAACAGGACCAGGUGCUGUGCUGGUUGGUGGAGCCGGUUUCUGCAGUGAUCCAGUCGUUAUCGAGCGCCUCCCUCACAGAUCUGCUCCAGGAGCUCCAAGGCAGCGAGGGCCAGCUGGCCACCGUGCUGCACAACAAGUUUGGCGUGACGCUGCUCUACGUGAUCCUGAGUGAAGGUGAAAGGAUGCAGAGCUCCGACCCAAACUGUCAGCUCAUGGACGACAAUCGAUGGACUGAGUUGGUGUUUUCGGUGACGAGGGAGCUGCUCAGCGUCCCCUCCUCGUCCCUCUCUCCCCCCCUCUUCACCCCUCCCAACCUGCUCUCCCUCUUCUCGCGCUACGUUGACCGGCAGAGGCUCGAGCUGUUACAGGACAAGCUACAGAUCUCUGCUUUGUCCAGGUAGAAGUUACUACACGCAUCGACGCAGCCCCUCCCCCACCCACCCACCCGAUGCAGACCUUUUGUUUUCUCUGUGUGUGUGUGUGUGUGUGUGUGUGUG